UCUUUGUUCUCGUCUAUCAUGCUCUACAAUGAGCACCGCGUCCGCCACAUCUCGAGCAUCCAGAUCAGACACCUCACGCCCUUUCCCGUGCGCGAUACUGCCCUCGCAUCUGCGCUCACACACUCCGCGGAGCAGCCCCAGCACACCGCGGACGACCUCGAGCUCACCGCGUCGCGCAUACGCCAGCGCCGCAUCUCGCAGACCUCCGCCGCGUCCCUCUCCCGGAGCCCCAAGUCGGAUGACGGCGAGCACCCCGCGCCCGGCCGCGGCAGGCGGCGCACGGGCUCGCGGGUGAGCUUUCAGAGUAAUAGCUCGUUGCCGAAGAAUGUGCAGGUGCAUACACGACCACGUACGGGGUCGAUAUCGUCUGCGGUUAGCUUGUUGGAGGCUGGACGCGGCGCGCACUCGAAUACACCCUUUCUGCCGGAUCACUCGCAGGCGGUGCUGGCGAAGAUCAUUGGUUCGAGGCUCACGGAGACCUUUAUUGCGCUCAGCAUACCGGAGCAACCGUCGGAACCCUCUCGACCUGCUUCCCCCAAUCGCCGACCCAACGGACAUAACAAGUCGUCCAGUGUCGCGCAUCUCGAGCCCCCGCGGCGCAAUACCCUCCGCGAAUCACCCCUCUCCCCCAAGGCGCAGACCCACAAUCGGUCUGCUUCGACGCUCAGCUCCGCUGCACGGUCGAAGGCCUUCCCGAAGAAGUCACCCAACCUACAGACUAGCUUUCCACCCUCACCUCCGUCACCAUCCUCAAGCCCACCACCUCCGAUACCCAGCGCCACGAUACCCUGCUAUAUCUCUCCCCCACAUCGACCAUCGACAAACCCGGCGUUUGCGGUAGAUCCCAAGUAUGAGUUCGCGCCAUGGGCGGAUACGAGCAGUGCGCGGUGUCGCAUCGAAGUGUUCUUCCGGCCUCCGGUGGAUGCGAAGGGGAAGGGGCGUGCGAGUGAGCAGCCGGAGUGGAAGGUGCUGCAGGCCUACGAUAUCUCGCUGGAUGACUUGGUACCCGUACCAGAGGAGAGUCAGGUCAGGACGCUGGCACACCUUCCGCCAAAUACGCUGGUGCUUAAGCUCGACCCACCGGGGAAGCUAUACUAUCUUCCAGGCCCUGUGCCAGUGCAGGACGUCCAUAACGCCACUACCUCCCUCUCCGCACCCCUCUCUCCCGACCCCGGCUACGCCUCCGAUCCCGAAGGCCAAACGACCCUGCAACUCGACACGCCACCGCCCACCCCCAAACAACCUGGCUCGCAAACCCCGCGCAUCGUCUCCCGCCGACGGCACCACCACCCUGAUCGCCAGAAAUCUUGCGCGGAGGACGAUGACGGGGUGGUGACGGGCACCUGGCACGACCUCUUCAAGCUGGUGACGCUGCAGUCGGGGAUACAUGAUCAUGAGGAGAUGCUGGAUGAGAUCCGCGGGAGUAUCGCGGGGAUGUUGAACGACGGGCUGCCGGAGAUGAAGAGGGAGAUUUCGGAGAGGGAGUGUAGGGUGGAUGAGUUGAGGGUGCAGUGUGCGGAUGUGAGGAAGGAUUGUAAUGAUUUACGACAAGAGAUCGACGCUCGACGAGAAGAGCUCCGACAGCGGCGGCAGUUGCUCUCGGAAGCCUACGAGCAGGACCUCAACCUUGUCGACGGCGCCCGCGACGCCGCCGAGGCCGAAGUCGCCACCGAACGCACCCUCCUCACCGACCUCCGCGCGCAGAUCCCGCCCCUCCAGACCACCCACCUCCUCACCCUCUCAUCCAUCUUCCCCAUCGAGCUCGUCUCCCCGCCCGACCUACUCUACACCAUCGUCGACGUGCCCUUGCCUAUACCGACGCUGCCCGGUGCGGCCUCGCCGCCGUUGACGCUGCCGCACUAUCGGAAGCCGGCGGAGGCGACGCACCAGGAUGUGAGCGAGGAGGGGGUGGCGGCGGCGCUGGGGUAUGCGGCGCAGGUUGUGAGGUUGAUUGCGGAAUAUUUGGGGCAGGGGUUGAUGUAUCCGGUGACUUGUGUGGGGAGUAGGAGUCUGAUUAGGGAUGGGAUUAGUGCUAUGGUAGGACCGAGGAUGUGAGUGCGGCGGCUUGGUUUUGUGAGAAGGCUGAUGAGAAGCGAUGCAGGUUCCCGCUGUUCUCGAGAGGGGUCGACACGUACCGCUUUGAGUACGGGGUGUUCUUGUUGAACAAGGACAUCGAG